AAACCUUCGGCUUCAUUUGAAGGACGGAUCGCCCCGCGUCACAUCAUAUUCUGUCCGUAAGAGCUAAGUAGCUACACGCGCAGCCUCUUUAAAAUUUAUUUUGUCUUUUUUUUCUGACACCGACCGUGUCUGUGAAAACUGUUCAUGGACUGUGUGGAGCAGAAAGAGCCAGAAGCGACGGCGCCGUCAGUUGUGGACAGAUACUACACGCGGUGGUACAGAGCAGAUAUAAAGGGGAAACCGUGUGAGGACCACUGCAUCCUGCAGCAUUCAAACAGACUGUGUGUCAUCACGUUAGCAGACACUCAUCCGAUUCUUCAGAAUGGGCGGACGAUCAAAAGCAUCAAUUACCAGAUCAGUAAUGGCUGCAGUCGGCUGAACAAUAAAGUGUCUGGGAAGUCCAAGCGGGGGGGUCAGUUCCUGACUGAUUUUGCACCUCUAUGUAGAAUAACAUGCACAGACGAAACCGAGUACACAGUCUACAGCUGCAUCCGAGGCCGUCUUCUUGAGGUCAAUGAGAGUAUUUUAGAAAAUCCUGCUCUCUUGCUGGAAAAGCCGUCCACUGAGGGAUACAUCGCUGUCAUCCUGCCAAAGUUUGAGGAGAGCAAGAGCAUAACGGAGAAUCUCCUGAGCAAAGAAGAAUUUGAGAGUCUCGUCUCUAAACGUACUGUUGCUCAAUCACAACCUACUUGACAGAGCAAGAACGUGUUCUUGCCUUAAAUCAAAACUCACCUGGUUGGGUGAAGACUAAGGACAUUAUCCUGGAAAGUGACAUUCACCUUCAAAGGGACCAUUGCAUAUAAUGCAAGUACUGCACUGUGCCUCUAGAAUAUUAUACAAAGUUUUUCACAGUUUUAGAAAUUGAGGAAUGUUUCAGUUCAAGUUCUUAAUUUAUUUGAAUUUUCUAAUUUGAAAAAUGAGGAAAAAGGAAAGCAUGACGAAAUACUUGAAGACUUGUUUGUUACACACCCUCAACUAAUAUUCAGUUUGCUUUAUUUUUUUAGAAUGUCAAUAAACACAGACGGUGAUUUAAGAAAAAA